AUUAUGACUUGCUUGAAGUUUUGGUUGAAGUAGGGGGGAAGGUUGAAGUAAAAUGGAGUUUACUAUCUUAUUGUUGGUCUUAUUGUAUUUACCAUCUGGAGCUGGUUUGACAUGUUAUUCAUGCCGUUCAUCCAACAAAAUGAAUUGUAUAGCAAAACAGAAGGAAGGACAAUGUCGACGUCGUACGGACAUAUGUGUGACGAUGGAAUUUACCCAAGUUGUAUAUUUAUCGGCAAAGACGACAAAAGUGAUAAGUGGAUAUCGCAAGCAUUGUGCGUCAAGAAGAUUCAAUUGUAAAUCUUACUGUAGCAGGAGAUUAGAAAUGGGAUACGCAACAUGCAAGGCUAAAUGCUGUACACGGAAUCUUUGUAAUAAAUUUACAACGAAAAUGGUGAAAUAUGGAAGCUCAAACAGUGGUAACACUAAACAUUGGAGUGCAGUUAUGUUAUUUACAGCACUACUCUGGAAACAGCUGGCCAACUGAAUUCUAUUUUUUCCUGAAUUGGUUGACUACAUAAUUUGUUUUGAUUUUUGUAAAAUUAGUUCAGCUUUUUAGUUUGUUUGUUGAUGCUUAAGUAUGUUGAUAAAACUGUGGUAAUCUAAUAUUUUUCUUUCUUCUCUCAAUUCUUCUUCAUCUGUUUGUCGCGUUACAAAUUAUGAAGAAUAACAUGUAGCAAUUAUUUCUAAUUUCUUGCCUGUAAUUAAUUUUUUAAUAAUUAUAUAUUUCGUAAAUUUAGUUACUUUGGUUUAAUGUCUUCCUUGUACCUAUAUGUACUACAAACUUUAUGUAAAAUAUUUACAAUGAAGAUGAAAGAUGUA